UCCUUCUGACACAUGAGAAUGCAGAAGAAUGCAGUUGCGCUGUGUAAGCUUUGUCUAGUUUCUUCAAUCUUGGCUGGUGGUUGGUGUCAUGUUAACUACUUACUCAUUGUUUUUUAAUGAGCACAAAGGAUCUGUCUUUCCUCAUCUGAAGUAAAAGCAGGAGUCCAAGUUUGAGUGGAACAUACACUGACACUGUCUCCCCCUCGACCGCUUCUCCCCUUCUGUGUUAAAGCCCAUGUAGAUUAGUUGACGUUAUGGUCGGGGAAGUAAUACAAUCCUAAAUGUAUCCCCCCCCCCCUAUUAUUCAUGAGUGUGUACCAGUGUGUGAGAACCAACACACACAAUGUGUGUAUUAAUUAAGAUUGGGGCAGUACACUCCGACAGGAUAAAUCAUUUCCCCUCUCAUAUGCCCUACAUCCAUCACCACCCCUAAAAUAAUGCUGGUCCUCUCCCUUAGUGGGUGUUAGAUUAUUUAUUGGCAUGGGGCCAUGUGCAUGUUUCCUCUGCGGAGAGUGAUGGAGCAAAACUCAGCUGCCUCUUUUCUGGGAGGAUUACGGUAUUCUACUCUGUUCGGCUCUCUCCCUGUGGAGAGGAGGAGAUAGAGCGAGGGAGAGAGGCAGAGAUUACUGCAGAUCCACCCGUUAUUCUCUCCUAUUUCCAGCCCCCUCUCCACUGAGGUAGAAGUAUCCUGUCAUUUCGCCCCUCCACUCCUCCAUCUCUUGCUGGAAUAAUUUCUCUAAGCAGACUGACUGACUAGAGACGGACACUCGCAGACCCUCCUCAUCUUCUUCAACAUGCUGAGGAAGGGUUCGGAGUUGCUCCUGGCCACAGGAGGUGACAGGGAGGUGCUGCUCGAUCUGGAUUACGUGACGGGCAAUCGGGGCGAACCCCAAACCACAGACAGCUAUGGGAGUCUGCAGAACGGGGGUUUCAUCCCACCAAGAUAUCUUUCAGCUGCAGCGGCUUCUUCUGAUGAUAAUGACGAUGAUGAGGAUGACCCCAUCUAUAUACACUGUGAUAAAACGAGUAGCCGACCGGAACAACCACUAGGGGGGAACUACUUUAGAGAUGGAAGAACCAAAAUAGACUUUGUUCUAGUAUGGGAGGUGAAACCGAGAAAGCAUCGCUCCAGAUGGAGGGGCCAAUCUGAGACCAGCGGUCCGGAGGAGGUCGGAGCCAGGGCAGAGGAGGGGAGCAGCAGGUCUGAGCGGAGAAAGGCUCAGCUGGCUCGAUGGAGGAACAAAUUCACCCAAAACCUGCAGAAUGCCGGCAUACUGCUGGAAAAGGAGGAGACGGCGAGCGAGAAAAAAACCAUCCAUUAUCUGAACCUGAGCGCCCCUUGGGAUGUGUUGGUGUAUUACGCAGAGGAGCUCAUUCUGAGAGCACCCCUACAGGCCCAACCGAACCCAAACUUCAACACUUCUGACCGGAUCCUUCGGAAACUAUACAUUCCCAACCUCAUGGUGGAGUCCUUGCCAAACAGGCCACUGGACUACUACACUUGUGCCUUUCGAAAGUCAAAGAUGGAGAAGUUCCUCGGCUGUGAGAACCAUGACACCUACUUUACUAACACACAGAGACACCGUAUAGUGUAUGAGCUUCUGGCGAGAACGGUGUACGGCAAGAGGAAGAGAGCGGAGGUGGGCGUGGCUCGACUGCUCAACGAGGGGGCAUACACUGCAGCGUUUCCCUUGCAUGAGGGUCCCUUUGAGCUUCCAGAGUAUGAGGUGCAUCCAGAUGAGCUGAACCAGAGGCAGGUUUUGUUCCGGUAUUGGGCCCGCUGGUCUAAAUGGUACAAGUACCAGCCACUUGACCACAUCAGAGAAUACUUUGGAGAGAAAAUAGCCCUUUACUUUGCCUGGCUGGGGUUCUACACAGCCUGGCUGCUCCCAGCGGCGGUGGUGGGGGCCUUUGUCUUUGUGUCAGGACUCAUGUCCAUGGGGACCAAUACUCCUGCCAAGGAGAUCUGUAAUAGUGGGGGCAGCUACCUCAUGUGUCCUCUCUGUAAGACCUGCAAGCCCUGGAACAUAUCUGAUAUCUGCCCCAUGGCUAAGGUGGGCUACCUGUUUGACCACCCCGGGACAGUCUUCUUCAGUGUGUUCAUGUCCUUUUGGGCUGUCACCUUCCUGGAGUACUGGAAACGCAAGAUGGCCACCUUAGCUCACCACUGGGACUGCAUGGACUUCCAGGAGGAAGAGGAGCGUCCGCGGCCUGAGUUUGCGGCCAUGGCUCCUUCUAUAGAGUACAACCCAGUGACGGGAGUGAAAGAGCCCUACUUCCCAGAGAGGGCCCGGCUGUCUCGCAUGCUCACUGGCUCAAUGGUCAUCAUCAUCAUGCUGUGUGUGGUUAUGAUUUUCCUGGUGUCAGUGAUUAUGUACCGUGGGAUAGUGAGUGUGAUGAUGUACCGCACAGGCAGUUUUGUGCUGCGCACUCAGGCAGGGAACAUUGCUAAUAUCUCCAGCAGUAUGGUGAAUCUGGCCCUGAUUCUGCUGAUGGGGCAGGUCUAUACUGCGUUGGCACUGCAGCUCACUAAAUGGGAGAUGCACAGAACACAGACCCAGUACGAAGAUGCAUUUACCUUCAAGGUGUUUGUAUUCCAGUUUGUCAACUUCUACUCCUCUCCCUUCUAUGUGGCAUUCUUCAAGGGAAGGUUUGUGGGUUAUCCUGGACACUAUGGUACCUUGCUUGGCAUGAGAAAUGAAGAGUGUGGUCCAGGGGGUUGUCUCAUUGAACUGGCUGAGCAGCUCUUCAUCAUCAUGGUGGGGAAACAGCUCAUCAGCAAUGUUCAGGAGUUUGUUAUCCCUAAGGUGAAGGCAUGGCAACAGAAGAGGGCGCUGAAUAAGGUGCGGGGAACGCAGAACUCCCAGGAGCCUCGGCGGUGGGAGGAGGACUAUCAGCUGGUGGAGUGCGAGGGCCUGUUUGAGGAAUACCUCGAGAUCGUGCUCCAGUUUGGCUUCAUCACAAUCUUCGUGGCUGCGUUCCCCCUGGCACCGCUCUUUGCCCUACUCAACAACUGGGCCGAGGUGCGCCUGGAUGCCCACAAGUUUGUGUGUGAGUACCGGCGGCCUGUGGCCGAGCGCGCUCAGAACAUCGGCGUGUGGUUUAACAUCCUGGAGGCCCUGUCGCACCUGUCCGUCAUCGUCAACGCUUUCUUGAUCGCCUUCACGUCGGAUUUCUUACCACGACUGCUCUACCAGUACAAGUUUGACAACGAUCUGAACGGAUAUGUUAAUUUCACUCUGGCUUAUGCUCCUCCAAGCUACACCAGCCAUCCCAUGUGCAGAUAUAAAGCCUUUAGGGACAACAAUGGAAAUUACACUCUGAUUUACUGGGAACUCCUGGCUGUGAGGUUAGGCUUCAUCAUCGCUUUUGAGCAUGUGGUGUUCAUUGUCCUGCGAGCGAUAGACUGGAUGGUGCCGGACGUCCCUGAGUCUCUGGGGCUGAAGGUGAAGAGGGAGCGCUACCUGGCCAAGCAGGCCCUGGCAGACAACCAGGAGGCCCUGUUGGUGAGUCAUCGAGGUUCGGCCUCCAGCCAAGCUCCCAUGUGUUCUCUCAGUCAUGCUUCCUGGGUAUGGAUUCUUCCCUCUCCCUGACUUCCAGCCUCAUCUACACGCCUUCCGUUUCCGAGGAAAGAGCCCCAUUAUGUGGAUCCCGGUCUCAGGCGAGUCCCAGGCUUUGAGCGAGGCCCCGGACGACAUGCCUCUCCUCCGG